AUGCAGCCAUCUCACUUUCGCCCGGGAAUUCCCACGAGUAGCUCUGUCGAGCUUCCUCCGGUGCAGUCGGUGACGUCGGGCGCGUUCCUUCCCGCUGGGUCUUUGCUUUCCGCCCCGCCGAGUAGACCUGACAGCGGAAUGCGCAUGUCCCAUCUACUUCAGCCGAUGCCCCAAGGGCCGCAUCAAAUACCACCGGGUCCUUCUACAUCCCCCUUUGGUCAUUUCUACGAGUCGGCGUCUGGGUCGCCUGCGGAGAGUGGCCUGCCUGAUGCCUCGCUAGGAUCGGCCCCAGGACCCUCGCUUUACCAGACCAGCCCGGUCGGACACGGCCACGGGCCGAGUUCUUUGCAGCAGCAGAAAAGAGCCUAUCGUCAGCGUAGAAAGGAUCCGAGUUGCGACGCCUGUCGCGAGCGCAAAGUGAAAUGCGACGCCUCCGACGAGACCAGCUGCACCGAAUGCAGCAACCGGAAGGUCCGGUGCCAAUUCACCAAGGAGACAAAUCGGCGCAUGUCUUCGAUUAAGCAGGUUCAGGAUCUGGAGAAGCAGCUCGCACACGUGAAAUCGCAGCUGCACCAUGCGCGCUCAGGUAUGAUGCGCCCAGACCAUAUGAUGGACAUGGAUGAGACUGGCUCCCUGCCAGGCGUCAAGCUUCCCGAUAUUGACUAUAAGCCUUCGCGACGACCCAGGGCACCUGUUUUCCAGGAAUUAUCUGAGGUGCGGACUAAUCUCCGUCAGCACGGUCGCGGCAUUUUGAAAGUACCUACGCCAUACCAACAACAUGGAUGGCGAUCAAUCGUCACCGGUGAUGCGCCGGCGCUGCCACCAAAAGACGUUGCUGAUCAUUUACUUGGCCAGUACUAUAACUGUAUUCACUCAAUAUUACCAGUCUUGCAUUGGCCUUCUUUCACGACAGAGUACGAAGAGACUUAUCGAAAAGGUUCGUUAUUGGGUGUGUCCCGCGAAUGGGCUGCAGUGCUGUUCGGAGUCUUUGCAUGUGGUACUGCCCACACAACGGAGCCCGAUUGGGAGGAAAAGGGGAAAGAGUUCGUGCGUCUGUCUUCUGGGAUUAUAGACGUCUGGCAAGACAACUUCAACCUCAACCGAGCACGCGCCGCUUUGCUUGUCAGCAUCUUUCUGUAUGAGGUGAAUUCAAGAUCAGCGAGUUGGGUGUGGAUUGGAUCUGCGGUGCGUGUGGCUCAAGAAAUUGGACUUCACAUUGACCUUGGGCCAUGGCCACCGGUUGAAGGCGAGAUGCGAAAGCGUCUAUGGUGGGGCUUAUACACUUGGGACAGGUUACUUGCUCUGGAGAUGGGCAAACCUGUCUUGAUAAAUGAUCAGGACUGCGAUAUCGACCUUCCCUGCCCAGUGGACGACCAAUACCUUGCUGAAGACGGCAAACUUCCAGAUGGUCAAGACCAACAAACCACCCCGAUGCUCGCCACGAUUCAUGUCGUCCGUUCAAUCGCGCCCAUCAUCUACCUCCAAAACGCCCGUCUUCUUCUCCACCGCCACAACAUCUCCCCCUACUGUUCCAGCGCCGAUCGAUCCGCGGCGCGCGACCUCUGUGCUUUAACGGCAGUUGACACUGCAAACAUCCUGUCCCGCUCGAGCGCAACCGUUGGUGAUACCCGCUCAGUCAAUGCAGCUUGCGGAAGGUACAUAGCAUUCUUUCUCCGGACCCUCAUCGUCCGGGCUCGUCAAGGCGAACCCCUAAACAUAGAGAACGAUGAGGAGAUGAUCGCCUACGUCUCCGGAGAUAUGCAAGGGACUACCGAUGGCAGCUGGGUUUGGCAAGGUAGUGAGACCGGCUCAGACCUAGAAGCCAUGUCUUCAAUGAAGACGACUCCUGUUCCACAAGAACCGGAGGCGGAGUGGGAAGGCUGGGAAUGGAUUGAGAAGACGAUACAGUACCUUCUCAGUGAAAAACAACAGAGGACAUAUGAGCGUUGGGAUGUGCCAAUAGACUCCAAACAUGAUUCUAGCAUGCUCAACCCUGAUGCUGCGGGGUCCGACCCGACGGAGCGUCGAUCGAGCUCAGCACAUUCUCGCAUGACUAUCGCUAGUAUCAUAUGA